GCAUGGACAGACAGAGGUGAUCUGGACUAUCAGACAUAUCUUUUUGCACAGCUAAAUCUUGCACUUAGUGAUCAUCUUUGUUUGUAAGUGUCUGUUAUAGAGACUGAAAUGGAAGGAAACACUAGGCAAGGCCAGAGGCAAAUACAAUGAAUAAAUUGGCCCAGAUAAGGCAUGCAUACAGAAUAGCCUGGUAAUAUGAGCUGCAGCAGAACCACCUAGCUAAAGCUUGCCAUCUUGCUCAAGGUAUUCAACACAAACUAAUUUUUUACUAAAGUUUUCAAUGCUUUCAGAAGAUUUCUUUCUGAUUAAAAAUUUUUAAUCUUUAAGCAUGAAUAACAGUGCUUCAGUUUCACAUGAUACAUUAUCAGAGGAAGAUGUUGGAAUUACAGAAUUUUCUGGGAAUGCACCUGGUUUCUUUGGCAUCAUUAAGCAAAGAUUCUCCGACUUUCUCGUGAAUGAAAUAGAUGUAAACGGAGAAGAGCAGCACCUCACUGACCUCAAGAGCAUGCCCAAGUGCCCCCAUCUUGAUGAUGAUACCAAUGAUGUCCCAGCCUCUGAUUUGGAACCUCCGCAAGGAGUUGGCUCAGAAAUCAUUGAGAAAAUCCAGAAGCUGUUGGCCACCAGCGACUCGAAGGAUUGUGCAGAGCCUGUUUUAGUCCCGGUGACGGACAUCAGCAAAGAGCGCCGCGCCGCCAUCCACAAAUACUUCAACAAAGCUUACAAGGGCCUCAUCUCUUCUACUGUUGAUGAAGCGGGGCAGAAAUACAUCAAGGUCACGCUCGGCUCAGAAGUUGGACUGAGACGCGAGAAGAAGCGUCGCACGGCUCAGCAUCUGCGUCUGUGCCUCAGGUUCCUGAUGUACAAGGAGAACAUGGACACCAUGGAGGCCGUCAGCAGGCUUGCUGCUAAACUCAGAAUCAACGUGCACAAAAUCAACUACGCGGGCACCAAAGACAGGAGAGCCAAGACAGUGCAGCUCAUGUCCGUCUCUGACAUAACCCCGGAGCGUCUGGUCGCCGCUGCUAGAAGCAUUCCUCGUGUGAUGGUAGGGAACCUGCACUACCACAGACACCAUCUUGCUCUAGGUGCUCUGGCCGGCAAUGCCUUCACUAUAGUGCUGAGGGAAGUGAAGGGAGACGACGCGGCAAUAGCCUCGGCAGUAGCCAGCGUGGGGCGCUCUGGAGCCAUCAACUACUACGGCAUGCAGCGCUUCGGGUCGCGGGCAGGCCACACGCACGUCGUGGGGCGCUACUUGCUCCUGGCGCAGUGGCAGAAGGCUGUGGAGACAAUACUGAAGCCUAGUCCGCUGGGAGAUGCCAAGAAUGCGGCGUUACAGCAGUGGCACGACAAGAAGAUCAGUGCAGCACAGGCAGCUCGCCUGCUGGAGACCUGUGGCGCCAGGGGCAACGAGCACACACUGCUGCGCGCCCUCGCUGAGCUGGGCGACACUGACUGGCUGGGAGCUCUCAACAGAUUACCACGCAACACCCGGACGCUGUACCUGUACGCCUACCAGUCCUACCUGUGGAAUAAGGUAGUCAGCACUCGCAUCAGGACGCACGGCCUCGCCGUCCUGCCUGGGGACCUCGUCAGCGUCCGUGAGAGCUUGCAGGGAGGCGAGGUGGCGAUGUCGGAGGAGAGCUCCUCAGCCUCGGCAGGUCAGCUCGUAAGGCGGCUCGAGGAACACCAAAUCUCAAGCACCGACAUCAAGCAGGUUGUGAUCCCUGCGGUGGGCUAUGCAGUGAUGAUGCCUGAGAACGACGUGACGAGAUGGUACAAGGAACUGCUCGCUGAAGACGGCCUUAGCCUCGCCAGCUUCAAACACCAACACAAAGGAUAUGCUGUGUGUGGCGCGUACCGCGCAAUGCUCGUGGUGCCUAAGAACUUAUCUCACCGCAUCUGUUAUUACACGGACCCGCUACUGCCUCUCGUGCCUUCUGACGCUGACAUCCUUAAAACUUCCAAGACAAGCGUUCCUCUUGAAGAAAAUUCUACCCAAGCUAUUACCAAUGGCUCCACAUGCACCAAAUCAUCUAAUAUUUUAGAAAAUCAUGAUAUAGCUGUUAAUGCAGAACUUCAGCAAAAUGUCUCGGGGGAAAUGGAAGGCGGUGAACAAAAAGAAAAAUCGCUCAAAGAUGCUACUGAAAAUGACGAUAAGCCUUCAUCUCGAAAUAGUAAUCCGAGCACUGGGGACGUGCCUGAAAAGAAUCAUAUUGAUUCUCAUACUGGACUAACUUCUGAAAAAUCAGAUGAGGGCGCUCGUUCGCCGAUUAAGGCUUUGGUGCUGCGGUUCUCGCUGCCGCCCGCAGCCUACGCCACGAUGGUGCUCAGGGAGCUGCUCAAGAUGCACACUGGAGCCCAGUUUCAUGCAAGUCUCAACACACCGAGUUCUGGAGGGAGCAGAAAAAGGCUCCUCGAUCAUUCUGAAAAUCUACCGACUGAAUCUCAAGAUCCAGCUUCCUCGACUUCGUUAUCGCAAGUAUCAGGAACUGAAAAUUCUCCUGAUGAAACUCCGAGCUGUGAUGUCGCCUCUGUUACCAAGAAGCCUAAGAUGGAGGACUGUGAUUUGACUGUACAAUAUGCAUCGGCAUCUUAAGUGAAUGGCUGUUAUGUUGUGUUUUUAUCAUAUUUACUAUGAGCAACUUGGAAACACG